AUGGUUCAAGGAUCCCUCAAGAAGGCCAAGGCGAACACCGCCUCUACGAAACGGCCCACAGCUCUCGGUCCUAAGCCCGGACCCCGACAGAUCGCGCCUAAGAAGGCCUCGUUGGUGAAGCAGAAGAAAAUCACUAAGAAACUCACGGCUGGUUUGGUUACGCGGACGGAGAGAAGUCUUGCCGAGCGGGCGGGUCAUCUGGAACUGCUUGCUGGUGGCAAAAAGGAUAAGAAGAAGACGGCCGAGAAGGGAAAGCAGCAGGGCGCGAAGAAAUAA